ACAUUCUCCAGAGAAGAGGAGUUCCCCUUCACUUUGAUCAAGUUUACUCUUUGCACAAGACAUUGACUGACAUUAACUUUCCACAAUCCUUAGAAAACAAUCACGAUUUUGCUGCCUGCUUCGUUCUUUAUCUUGACUUGCCUGUACUAAAACAUUUUGAAGCCAGACAGCCGCUCCACUUUGUGGCGUCAUGUCUCAGAAGUCGCAGGCAGAUGGAGGUCAGAAGCAUUUUGCUGUGGGGCGGGGGCUCCUGGCCGCUGCAGAGACCUUGAACUACAGCAUGAGUGAACAGCGAUCCAGCCGGCAGAUGGGGGGCAUGGCCUCAGGUAUGGGGGUGGGUAGUGGUGGCAUGGAAAGCCAAGACAGCAGCUCCCAGAUGGCCCGGCGUGGCAGUGGUAACCAUAUUGGCAACACCAUGAAGCUCUUUGCUAGUUUGGGGCUGUCGCCAUCUGACCUGGACGCUCUGGCUGAAAUGCCUGAAGAGGACAUCAGCGUGGAGACUUUGCCGCGCAUCCUCAUGCAGCUCAAGAGCCGCAAAGGUGACACAGGAGAGCGGAGGGUGGCAUCUUCCAUGUCCUCUGAUGCUGGGUUUAGAGGAGGAAGGGACAGCUGGGAUGACGUGCCCAUGGGGAGGAUGGGCGCUCCUUCUCUGGGUCCGGGUUCAGCCCGGGCCCAGCCCUCUUCAGACUUCGGCUUCAGUUCACUGCAGGACGUCACUUCCAGCCGGAGCUACGGCUUAAAUUACAGCAGCAGCAGCAGUGGUGGGGGUGGGAGCAGAGAGAGGCCGUACUCUGAGCUGUCCCACCAUGAUUCCUACAGCGGGCUCAGCAUGGGGCCGCCGGCGUCUGAGCCCAUCUUUAUGCAGAGGAGGAUGGGCUCCCCAUCAAACGGAGUCCAAGACUUCUUGGGAGUCAUGCCCCCCAUGUUCCCCCAUGUGUGCUCUCUUUGUGACUUUGACGUUCAUUCCACCAUGGAGUGGAACCAGCACAUUAAUGGACUUCGACAUGCUGAAAACAGGCGCCUGCUGCUCGACAUGUAUCCAGAGUGGGACCCUGGUAUGUCUUCAGGCAGAGGUGGCGGUCUAUUGGACACCCCCAAUAUGUCUCCAGGACUGCUUGGACCUGCCCCGAUGUCUUCAUCUUCAACAGGAGGAGGGAUGUCUUCCAGCUGGGGAGGAGCUGCUGGUCUGUCAGGAAAGAAACAAAAGGGACAAAAUAAGCUGAGAAGCAGAGUGGUGGUGGUGAAGUACGACAGGAAACCUCUCAGCAACAAGACUCUGUUCGCCUUCACCGAGCCGUUCGGCUGCCUGAGGGAGCACCUGGUCCUCAAGAACAAGGCCUUCUUAGAGAUGAGCAGUCAUGAGGAGGCUCAGGACAUGGUGAACUACUACACAGAUAACGAGGCGACUCUGUACGGCAAACCCCUCACCUUCUACCUGUCCCAGAGGCUGAUGGUCAUCGAGAAAGCCGACCGGUCGUCGGACAGAUCAAUGGACAGACCUGUCAGGGAUGUCAAAGGUCAUGGCAGCCAGGUGGUUUUCUUCUCCAACCUGCCCAGAGAGGAGGAGAAGAAGAAUGAGCUGCUGACCAUCGCUGGGCGCUUCGGCAUCGUGGAGAAACACCUCUUCUUAUCCGACCAGGCGUUUGUCCAGCUGGGAACUCCAGAGGACGCAGAGAUGCUGGUGAAAUAUUACAGCGUGAACCCGCUCACCAUCAAAGGCAGAUCCAUUCGCCUCAACAUCUGCACCAAGUACAAGACCCUCAAUGUGAACCGGAAACAAGGUGGUGACAAUCGAAGCCAGAGGGGCAGCGGAGCAAACGCAGCCUCCUCCUCCGGUUCUGGAACCAGGGCUUCCUCCAACCCUCCCAGGAGCUCCUCGUCCAAAUCCUCGUCCAGUUCCAGAACCAGGGAGGAGAAGAAGAAAGAGGAGGAGACCAAACCAAAACCUGAGGAGAAACCUGCAGCAGAGGAGGAGGAGGUAUCAGGAGUGAUGGAGGGAGAGGAUGGAGGGGAGGAGGAUGGGGUUCAGGAGCAGGUAACCGAUGGAGACGCAGAGGUGGAGGAGCAAGACGCAGAGGUGGAGGAGCAAGACGCAGAGGUGGAGGAGUCUGUGAAGGAAACGGGGGAGAAGUCUGAGGAGGUCCAACAGGAGGAGGUUCCUCAUGGUGAUGACGUCACUGGUGACACACCUGGAGAUGUGGACAGGGCUAAAGGUGAGGCUCAGCAGGAGGUGGAGUCAAAGGAACACACAGAACCAACGGAAACCGAAGCCUCAGCAGAGGAACAGGAGAACAAAGAAGAACCGAGCGCAGAACCAGGAGAGAGUUCAGAGACGGUGGAGGACGAUGUGCCUGGAGAGUUUGAUCAGGACUUCCUGGAGAACAUGGAGGACUUUGUGACGUUAGACGAACUGGCAGAGGAUGAUGAUGAAGAAGACGGAGAGUCUGAAACCAUCGACAGUUCGAGGAAAGGGGGUAUGAGGGUGGUCAACAUCGUUGGCUUCAGACGAGGCUACAACUUCAUGAACGAGCUCCAGGCACUCGCCAAACCUUUUGGGAAAGUGGUCAAACACCUGGUGCUGGACUUAAGGCCUGAGGCGUACUUUCAGUUUGCCUCAGAAGACGAAGCUCGAGCGAUGGCCAAGUUCUACAACGGUAACAUCCAGGCGUCGGUGUGCGGCCGACCUGUGAGGAUCAGUCACUCCAUGAGCUACCCGACCAUCCAGUGUGGCUCCAGCAGGGUGGUGUACAUCGGGCAGAUCCCCAGCAGUAAAUACUCAGACGCUAACAUCCUGAAACUGGCCGAGCCGUACGGGAAAGUCAAGAAGUAUUUCCUCAACAGGCUCAAGAGAGAGUGUUUCAUUGAGAUGGAGAAAGCCGAGGAUGCAGAGAAAAUGGCUGAAGAUUGCAAACUGAAUCCACCCAAAUUCAAUGGGAAACGUCUGACGGUCUACGUAAGCAGGAAAUACAGACAGCUCAAACACGGACAUCACUGUCCGGGCCCAGCCAAGAGAGAAAAAAGCAGCACACCACCAAAAUCCUCCAAACAUUCUGACGAACCUCCAGCCAAGAAAUCCAAGGAGGAGAAGAAACCAGAGGAGGAGAAAGAGGAGAAACUGAAGGAGAAAGAGGAGAAACUGAAGGAGAAAGAGGAGGAGCAGGUAGAGGUGAAGAAGGAGGAAGAGCUGCAGAGUAGCGAUGAGAAGAGAGAAGAAAACUCCGCAGAGAAGAUUCCGGAAGUUUCAGAUCAGAACCAGAAGAGUUCCCAGGAUGAGGAACAGGAAGAGAUGGAGACAUCCACCAGUCUGAACGGACAGACCGAGGCCCCCCCGCCUGCUGAAAACAAACCCACUGUGGCGUCUCUGCCGCUGCCCCCCCACGACCCCAACAACCCCAUCGGUGUUGAACAUGUGAAGAUGGGUUAUUACUGCCGUGUCUGCUUCCUGUUUUACUCCAACGAAGAGAUGGCAAAGAAAACACACUGCAGCAGCCAGGCGCACUACGACAAGCUGCAGAAAUAUCUGGAGAAGGAACAGGCCAAAGCAGAGAAGAAGAAAGGGAAGAAGACGACUGCGUAGAUAACUAAACUCAUUUCAUCUAAGGAAGAGUGGAAGUGGGACUUUUGUAACUUUGUGUUUUAAUUGUGGGUAGUUGUUCAGACUUAAAGUUGCCAGUAAACACAGAUGUGUGAGCUCUCAGAGCUGUUGUCAUGGUAAAGACACUGACUAAAAAGUUUCAUCGGGGAGUUGAAAUUUGUCUGCUUCUCAAGUUGACCGAAAACAGUGGUUUCCAGCUGGUGGGGCGCAGGUCUAUUCUGAAAGGACCACAAGUGACUCGCAUAACGUGUUAAAAAAUUAAGUACAGUCAAUUUCUAUUUUGGAGUGCAGUUUCCUGCUGUUUCUGGACAGCUACUUAACAGAGACAGCAAUCUAGCUCCACCACACGCCAAACACAAGUAUUAUAAUGAAUAUAUUAAACUGUUUGGACCUGAACUGAUGACUGAGGAGUAAUGUGGUCCAGUUGGGAACCACUGAGCUAAAAUGUCACGUAGAGUUAAAUCUGUCUGAGUCCAACACUCAGAUGUUCAGACGUCCAUGUAAAGAGUCAUUGGUGUGUUUAGUAACGUUGAUUAAGACCUCAAAUAUCCAGCUGUAGAGAUGCCGGAAGAAAAAUAGCAACAUGCAUGCCAAAUCUUUUUGUUGUAUCCUCUGAAGUGAACAUUUGCUGCUUAACGUCAUUUCCUUUGCUCAUAAACUGAUUCUAGACUCUGCAUUUAAUUUCAUCAUUGUUUGAUCCAUAAAAUGUAAAAAUUUGUAAAUCAAUCUGAGUCACAAUCGUUUUAAUCUUUUGUCUAACAAAAUGAAACCAGCAAAAAUUUGCAUUUUAGAUGCUGGAAUUUAUUCUAAUUAUUAGUAGUUUAAUGAAUUCUCUGUUGAGUGACUAAAAGUUUAAGUUUGAAACCAAUUUAAUAUUUGGGUUUAGGGCAUUUUUCACCAUUUUGUGACCAAAUAGUCACUAAAAUAAAAAGAUGAAUCAGUGAAACAUGAACAGGAGGAAUGAUUACAUCACACACCAACAACCCUUUACAUGGAACGUCUUUGAUUAAAGGAAGAGUUUCAAUAUUUUGGGGAAAUGCUCUUCUUCUACUCCGGUUAGCCUAGCUUAGCAUAAAGACUGGAAACGGGGGGAAAAGGUUAGCGUGGCUCCGCCUCUGCAGUGUACCAAUGGACAUCUGGUUUGUGGCACCGUGGUGCUGGAUCUAUUUCUUGACAAAUGACAGUGUACCCAUCUGCUGAGUGCCAGCAAGCCCAGGCACACUGGGGGAUGGAUACACUGUUGGUUAGGGAAAAAGUCCGACACAGACUGGAUUUUACUUUUCAGUUUUUGUGUUUCUUUAGUUUUAAACUUUAAAUUUCACAAAUGAACACCCUCACAGAGAACAAACUUUGGAUGUGUUGAACUUUGUUUUCUGAAUUUUUGUUGUUUAUGUUUUGUAAAAUAAACUAGUUUCCGAAAAUGAGUUGGUUGUUUUUAAGUGAAGUCUCAAACUGAGUCAUUUUACAGUCCUUCAAAAUAAAAAUAAAUGAACAAAACUUCUGGAAUUACAAAGUAGCUGCUUCAGUGUAUAUUUUCACUUUCAGCUGACUAACAGGAAUAACGUGCCCCCAGUGUUUCCGUAGCAGGUUUCAAACCCUGCUGUAGUGUCCUUUAGCAAAACACUGAAUCUUUUACAGAAAAAUUAAAUUAAAACAACUCUUAAAGAGCAAAUGUUUGAGCAGGAACAGAAAGAAGAAAGUGUAAAUAAAUUAGAAUAAUAAA